AUGGAGAACAAGACAAAGGUAGCAAAAACGCGCGCUUUUCCGACUCCACGACCGCCGGCCGCGGCACCUAAAGCCCCACGACCUGCAGCACCACGACAUAAACCACUCACCCCGAAGGAAGUCAAAGCGGGGAUCGAAACAUCCACCCAGAAAUUCCGAAACUCAACCCGCUUUCACUCCCUGACGGCUUUCUUCGAGCAAGGGCAGAAAACAAAUAUCACGCAGUGCAUAUGUCUCGGCCUCGGCCCAUUCAUGAACUUCGAGAGCAAGAGCGCGCGAGGGAGAAAACGCAACGGAGACUUCAACACCUCUCUCCACCAACCAGCCAUGCUGGAGUCGCUCCCCAACGGUCUGACGAAAGACGAGGAAACCAAAAUCUACUUCCAAGACCCCGUCUUCACGCGAUCAGAACGCGACCACCUCCAAUCCCGCGAUCUGAAAGCGAAAAACAUCUCCCGAGCGCUCACGGACACAUUCCCAGCUCUGUACAUCGGCACCGACCCCGACGCCGCGAUCGCGGACAUCGGCAAGGACAACGCCAAAAAAAUUCCGGGCGGGAAGGAGAAGUAUAUCCGGCCGUUGCAAGAGUUCGGGCGAGACUCGGCCGAGACGCUGCGGUUGCCGAUCUUCGCCCACGGUGUCCGAGACGGUCAUGAUGUCUGGGCGGAAGCGAGUGUUCAUUGGAGAGUGCCCGAUGGUGGAGGGGAAAAGGUGGGAAAGCGGUUGGGUGGGGGGGGGAUGGCAAGAGCAAGAGUGGAAAUCGGAGCGCGACACUAUCAUCUGGUGCGGAGGGAAAGGAAAAUGGAAAGGGAAAGGAAUUUGUGA